AUGAAAGGUUUUCUUCAAAACACUACAAAAACAUCUCAUGACGCUGUUUCGAGAUUUUUUGACAACUUAAAUGUAAAAGAAGAGACAACAAGUCCUGAAGAAAACACAACAAAUUCUUAUUUUUUUAGUUCUCAAUACAAACACUUUGAUAAAUUUGAUCCAACAAUUCAAGAUGACGUGAUUUUUGAGGAACAACUUUCAUCACUUUUAACGUAUUUAACACAAAGUCUUGAUUCUCAUAUUGUCCAACAAGAAAAUCAAGUCUUAAGAAUGGUAAAACAAGAUCUUGCUGUUGAAAUACAGAGUGUUAUGGUUGAUAUUUACAAAAAAUCUCGUAAAAUUUAUCUUGAAUUAUGUGAUGUAAUGGGAAGUGAAUUACAAGCACUUUCUUUUCCAAAAGAAUAUACGUCUAUUGGGACAGAAGCAUAUAUGUUAGAAAAUGUAGCUUUAAAAACAGAAAUUAGAACAUUGUUAUCAAUUUUGUCAUUACUUUGUAUUACUCAAAAAGAUAUUAAUGAAACAAUAAAAGGAUUAAAUACAUCUGAAGACUUAGUAGAAAGGCUAGAUGAUGUUAGAGAUGAUAUUCGACAAGAAAACAAUGCUCUUAAACAAAUUCAAAUGGUUGAAGAUGAUAUAACUAAUACAAAUAAAGAUUAA